GAGCGCCUCACCGACUUGGAGAAGGAUGAGGAGGACGGGAAAGAUGGAAAGAAGGAGAAUGAGGAGGACCCGGAAGAUGAGGAGGCUAGAAAGUUGAAAGAGAAGGAGGAAGAGGAGGAGAAGAACCGGCUACCACCCAACGAGCGGAUCAAGAAGCUCCGCAUGGAUGUCCACGACAACACGGUGAGACUGUGGGAGCGAGCCAAGAAGUCCAGAGAUGAGAUCGUUGGAGACAAAGCCCUGAAGUCCAAUGCACAACCCGCUUUGAACAUUCUGCGCCUGUUUGUCGACCGGUUCGUGGCCAAUGAGAUCAAGACGUUGCGUCAUGACGACACCCGCGGGGCGGAAGCAAAGUUGAGGAAGUUCCUGAAGCAGGGGGCAGAGAUUUUGUCGGUAGCUGCUUUAGCCGAUGUGCAAGCCACCCUGUCGACCUUGGCGAUGCAUUUCAACUACCGCCUCAUCGCACGAAGCGGCUCGCCGGACAUCAAGAACAAGUGUGCUGCUUUGCUAGAAGCUGUUGGUGAAGUUCCUCAGCUCGCAGAGCAGUUCGUGCAGCAGAUGGAAGCUGACCUGGCCGAUCAGAAGGAUCGUGACCGUCGUCGCAAGGAGCGGAUGGCCGCAGAGCAGCGCGAGCGUGAGGCACGCGGGGACUUCAGCGGCGAUGCUGGGAGCAAAGAUACCAAGCAGGAAGCCAAGCAAGAGGCGAAGCAGGAGCCGAAAGAUCAGAAGGACCAGAAGAAGGAGGCAAACGGUGGAUAUCCGGAAACCAAGGCGCCAGAGGCCACGAAGAAGCCGGAUCCUUUCGCGGACUUUGAUUUCGCAGAGACCAAGAAGCCACAGGCAACAGCAGCAAAAGCAGCUCCGAAAUCCGAGGCGGUCGUAGCCAAGAAGGAAGAUGAUCGUGGGGCCAUCCAGGCAGCAGUGAAGCAAAAGAGAACAUCGUGGGACGCGGCAUUUGACCACCCCUAUGCCGGAGCUCUCAAGUCCAACGGGACAGGGAUCUAUUGCAGACCGUGCCAAAGAUGGAUCGUCACCUACGAGUACAACACGGAAGUGUUCUGCACCCACGUUGAGCGAGUACAUCCGAAGCCUCCACCCGGUUGGUCCGUUUAG